CUUUCUGCUGCGCUCACACACACCUCAGACCACGUGACCAGCAGGCGCACAAAAAGCAGCCUUUAACACCGCCCGCUCCCACAAACACACACACACACACUCUCACUCACUCCACUCCACCGGCUGCAUGCCCAGCUCUACCGUAAUCUGACAUUGACAGUAUAUGUCUGGGGAGUAAAUACACGAUCAUUCCCAUCAGCAAAAUCAUCAAAACAACAACUAUUGUAAUUUCACUCUGAGGCUUCCGGUUCUUUGUGGAGUUGCUGCAAACUGUAGUUGAAGAGACAACAGACUGGUUUACUCCCAGUUUAUUUUAUUUUGAAUUUAUUGAUUUAUUUGGCGUCAUGGAUCGAAGGAAGAUGUUUGUGCUGAGAAAAUCAAGAUGUCCUUUUGCGUGGAUCUGAUGCUGUUACACCACACUCCUCCCCACUGAGCAUCUCUACAGCCACAAAGCAGCCAUGAAGUUGGCUUUGCACCGGAUAGCAGGCACCACAAUCAGUACAUUAACAACGGGCGUCCAGUAUCUCGGCUCCAACGACGCCAGCUACGACGACCCCUCCGUUGACUCGACUCUAAUCAAGAACCGAUUCCACUUUGAGAAGCCUCACUCCGCCUCGAUCAGUAGCUCCAUCCCUGGAAAUAAGGGGGUCAUUUACAGCAGCCUCUCUCCCAUUUUCCCCACCAAUGUGUCCGACCUCCUGCUGAGCAAUGGCACAUCUGUGGAGAGCGGCGGGGCGGCACAGUGUGGGGAGGACUUUGUGGACAACAUGGAGUGUUUUAUGAUUCUGACUCCCGGUCAGCAGCUCGCAGUCGCCAUCUUGGCACUCACCCUGGGUACGUUUACGGUGCUGGAGAACCUCAUGGUGCUGUGUGUGAUCAUGCACUCCCGGACGCUUCGAUCUCGGCCUUCCUAUCACUUCAUAGGCAGCCUGGCUGUGGCGGAUCUGAUAGGCAGCAUCAUUUUUGUCUACAGCUUCUUGGAUUUCCACGUCCUCCACAGGAAGGACAGCCCCAAAAUGUUUCUCUUCAAGCUGUCCGGGGUCAUCGCCUCCUUCACCGCCUCCGUAGGCAGCCUGUUUCUCACUGCGAUCGACCGCUACAUCUCCAUCCACAGGCCGAUGUCGUACAAACGCAUCGUCACAAAGACUAAAGCAGUCAUUGCCUUCAGUGUGAUGUGGACCAUCUCCAUCGUCUUCUCGCUGCUGCCGCUGCUGGGGUGGAACUGCAAGGUUCUCAACUCCGUCUGCUCUGACAUUUUCCCUCUGAUCGACCAGAAGUACCUGAUGUUCUGGAUCGGGAUGACGAGCAUCUUGGUCCUGUUCAUCAUCUACGCCUACAUGUUCAUCCUCUGGAAGUCCCACCACCACGCUGUCCGCAUGCUGAGCCGCAACUCCCAGAGGAGCGUGAUUGUCUACACCGCGGAGGGGACUAAAGUGCAGACGGUGAGGCCCGAGCAGGCCCGGAUGGACCUUCGCCUGGCUAAAACCCUGGUUCUGAUCCUGGUGGCCCUCAUCAUCUGCUGGGGCCCGCUUCUAGCCAUCAUGGUUUACGACCUCUUCGGGAAGGUGAACGACUUCAUCAAGACUGUGUUCGCCUUUUGCAGCAUGCUCACCCUGCUCAACUCCACCGUGAACCCUGUGAUCUACGCCAUGAGGAGCAAGGACCUGCGCAGGGCCUUCGUCAACAUGUGCAACAUGUGCUGGGGAGCGACGCAGACUCUGGACAGCAGCGCAGAGAGUGACUGGAACAGCAGGAGCGUGAGAGGCAUGGCAGCAGGCGGGGCGGGGAAAGAUGGAGCCGGCAGUGGAAAGACUCGAGUAAAAGUAGCCCAGGUUACCGUUUCUGGAGUGACUGAUACUUCUACAGCAGAGCCGGUCUAAAAGACAAGCUGCUCCGCUCUGGUACAACUGUGACGUUAUUGUAGAAUAGUCCCGACCCUCCUAGUACACUGCUCUGUUACUGUGAAAUGUGCCAAAAAAUGACUUAGAUGCAGAACUUGAAGAAGAAGUUUCUGUUGCUUUCAAGCUGAAAUCUGUAAUAUUUAUGGUGGAGUGUGAUGAGACACUAAGAACUGUGCAUUAUCUCUUUACUCUCUUAUUGAGAAAUGGUUUGUUCGGUUGCACAAGUCUGAUUGACAAUGCCAAUUUUAUCUAAUUUCAUUCACUUAAACAAUAUAUUCAAAUCAACACUCUGCUCUGUCAGCUUUUCGGUAGUUUGAAUAUGCAUAAAGUUACAGAUUUCAGCUUUAAGGAAGACAAAUAUGGGUUCCCUUUUGUUCUUUCUUAUUCCACAUCACACCAUAGAAACAUUGUGGCCGUAAUUCAAGGUGAAACUGUGUCUACCUUCAUGCAACAUGUCAGUUUUGAAUGACAGCACACUGCUUAUAAGUAAAGUUAGCAUCCAUUAGUGAUUUAAAAUCAGCUACUGAUGAUUUUUGUAAGGCCAUAAUAUUGUGCAAUUUGGCAUUUUAAUGUUAUUUGACUUUAUUUAUUGUAUAUUUUUUUUAAAACUUGUACUUUGCAAAGCAAAAUGGUGAGUCAUACUUUGGCUUUUUGAUCAAAUCAAAACUUUAGUCUGUAGUGAUUUUGGGAAUGUUGCAUAGUUGCUUAUAACACAAUGUGCUUGUGAAACAGUUACAGCAUUUUGUGAGAAGCUACACUUUGGUAUUUCUGUGACGCAUUCCGUUGUGCCAUUGUGUCUCAUAACAGUGUGUAUAAGCAAGGACGUGAGUUCAAUAAAUAUAUAUUUGUCUAUUUUUAUCAUAAUUUUGUCAACAUACCUGGUGUCUUUUUUUUCCAAUAAAAUGAUGAAUUCUCAGCAAA